GGACGAUGGAGGAUCACCCUACUUCCCUCCCCGAAGCCGUGCUGGCCCAGCUGACCAAAGCUGAGGGAGAAACCCCGGGACAGAUGUCCUCCAGGUCGGCCGCGAUCUUGACCCGCAGGAGCUCGCACUCCGUGGAAAUGACCCCGCGCUCGUUUGUGCGUUUGAGAAGCAUAGAGGAGCGCCACGCCGCGUACUCCCGCCGCAGCUCCGUGGUCAGCAACGUUCCCUUUUCCCGCAAGAACUCCCUGUGCGCCAUGGGCCCCAACAAGCGCUUCUCCCUGGGGCCCUGGGCCCACUACGGGCGCGUCAGCUUCUCCGGACUGCCCCUCUAUCAGCCCAUCGCGGAGAUCCAGUACGAGAACACCUACAAGACCGGACCGGACCAGGACUGCAGGUUCAACCCAAGCCGGGCCCAGAAGGUUCUGGAGUCGGUGCUGAGGAACUACCUGGCGGGCACGAAGUACAGCGCCGUCACCGGCGGGCAACUGGCGCAGAACCUGUCCGACCUCGCCCGCAGCAAAAUGAAGGAGCAUUGUCCUCCCCGCUACAAGGUGGUGUGCAAUGUCAUGCUGGGCCAGAUGGGCAGCCAGGGCCUGGGCGUGGCCAGCCGGGCCCUCUGGGACCCCCAGACCGAUAACUUUGCAUCAGCCACAUAUUCCAACGCCACCUUAUUCGCGGUCGCCACGGUGCACGGGUUCUAUUACGAGUAA